AUGUUGGGAAGCCCCACUGGGUGGAUAACUGACGAGUGUGCUUUCUUUCUUUUGUUUGCCCGCCCAGAGAGAGGGGAUCCUGCUCCUGAUCCAGUGGUGGUUCCUGGUAGAGGGUUCGAAGAAGAGAGGAAGACUUUAAAAGUGAAUCACACUGAACUUCCACGUCAUUUCACAGAUAAGGCAAGCACUAGAGGUUCUGAAAGGGGAGGACGAGGCGGGUCAUUUUCUCGGUCGGUGUUGAAUCAUCUUACUUCUGUCCGGGAUCCAAGGACGGAAAGAAGGACUAAAAGCCAACCCUUAUGCUACACAUAA